UCCUCCCGCUGCCACUGCCCUACGUUUCCGUCUCCUCAAGGCGGUAGGGUUUUUGCAGGGUUUUUUCUUUUUUUCUUUCCUGACGUCAUUCCCGUCAUCGUCCCUUUGAAUCUCUAUCCGGUAACCCUACCGUUAGUUCACUUGUUAGCUUUUCACGCCGCUGUUUAUUUGGAGGAGAGGAAGAUGGGCAUAUUCGAGCCUUUCCGAGCCAUUGGCUAUAUCACGGCCGGAGUCCCCUUCUCUGUGCAGAGACUGGGGACGGAGACCUUUGUCACCGUCAGUAUCGGGAAGGCAUGGCAGACUUAUAACUGUUCAAAGCUUACGCUUGUGUUUGUUGGGCCACAAAUGCCAAAAAGAAUUCGAGCACUUGCAACAUAUCGUGAUUUUACAUUUGCUGCAGUUGGAAAUGUCGUUGCAGUUUUUAAACGGGCUCAUCAGGUAGCAACAUGGAGCAGGCAUGUUGAAAAGGUCAAUUUGUUGCUGCUGUUUGGUGAACACAUAUAUAGUGUAGACAUCAAGGGCAGUGUCUUCAUAUGGGCAUUCAAAGGGGUGGAGGAGAAUUGGGCACCUGUUGGGAGUAUUUCCCUUGAUGAUAACUAUGGCCCUAGUUGCAUAAUGCACCCAGAUACGUACCUUAACAAGGUUAUCAUUGGAAGCGAAAAGGGAAUGCUUCAACUUUGGAACAUCAGUACAAAAAAGAAACUUUAUGACUUCAAAGGCUGGGGAUCAUCUGUGCAAUGCUGUGUAUCAUCAUCUGCACUAGAUGUGGUUGCAGUAGGCUGUGCAGACGGGAAAAUUCAUAUCCAUAAUGUACGUUAUGAUGAGGAGCUGGUUACAUUCACACAUUCUUCUAGGGGUGCUGUAACAGCCUUGUCUUUUUGUACAGAUGGGCAACCUUUUCUUGCAUCCGGGGGUUCCUCUGGUAUCAUAAGUGUAUGGAAUCUUGAGAAGCGAAGGCUUCAGUCUGUGAUACGAGAUGCUCAUGAUGGCCCAAUUGCGUCCCUGCACUUCCUUGCUAAUGAGCCGGUCCUUAUGAGCUCUGCAGCUGAUAACUCAAUCAAGAUGUGGAUAUUUGAUACAAGUGAUGGAGAGGGCCGCCUACUACGUUUUCGAAGUGGUCACAGUGCUCCUCCUCUGUGCAUAAGAUUUUAUAAGAAUGGACGACAUAUUUUGUCAGCUGGUCAGGAUCGUGCAUUCCGCCUGUUUUCGACUAUUCAGGACCAACAAUGUAGAGAGCUUUCUCAACGUCAUGUAUCCAAGAGAGCCAAAAAAUUUAAAGUGAAGGAAGAAGAAAUCAAAUUGAAGCCGGUCAUUUCAUUUGACUGUGCUGAAAUCCGUGAGCGUGAUUGGUGCAAUGUUGUGACCUGUCAUAUGGAUACUCCUUAUGCAUAUGUCUGGAGGCUUCAGAACUUUGUCCUUGGUGAGCAUAUACUCUCACCUUGCCCAGGUCAACCAACACCAGUUAAGGCCUGUGCGAUCAGCAUUUGUGGUAACUUUGCUAUACUUGGGACUGAGGGUGGUUGGAUUGAACGAUUCAAUCUCCAAUCUGGUCUCAGCCGAGGCAGCUACAUAGACAUUUCUGUCUCCAAUGGUUGUGCCCAUGAAGGGGCAGUAGUCAGCAUUGCUUGUGAUUCUACCAAUUCCCAUCUGAUCAGUGCUGGAUAUCAUGGUGAUAUAAAGGUUUGGGAUUUCAAGGGGCAUGAACUGAAAUCUAGAUGGGAGAUUGGUUGCUCAGUGGUCAAGUUUGUAUACCAUCGUGGCAAUGGUCUUUUGGCAACAGUAGCAGAUGAUAUGGUCAUAAGGUUAUUUGACAUUAUUGCUGUAAGAAUAGUUCGAAGAUUUGUGGGUCAUACAGAUCGCAUAACUGAUCUGUGUUUUAGUGAAGAUGGGAAGUGGCUUUUAUCUACUAGUAUGGAUGGGAGUCUCAGAAUAUGGGAUGUUAUCUUGGCCAGGCAAAUAGAUGCAAUGCAUGUUGAUGUGCCUAUUACUGCACUUUCCCUGUCCCCUAACAUGGAUACCUUGGCAACGUCUCAUGCUGAUCACAAUGGGAUCUAUCUCUGGCUUAAUCAGAUGAUGUUUUCUGGAUCCUGCAAUGUGGACUUCUAUGGAAGUGGGAAAGAGAUUCUAAGCGUCCAAAUGCCUGCUGUAUCUACAUCCAAAGGAAUCGAAGAUGAGGAAACUCCUGAUUUGGAUGACAAAGAUUUAUUUGCAAACAAAGCAGCUUCCACUUAUUUCCAUAAGCAAAUUCCUAAUCUUAUAACCCUUUCUUUACUUCCUAAGAGCCAGUGGCAAAGCCUUGUUCAUUUGGAUAUGAUAAAGGUCAGAAACAAACCAGUUGAGCCACCAAAGAAACCGGAAAAAGCCCCUUUCUUCUUGCCCGCUAUUCCUUCUCUUCAAGGUGAAGUGUCAUUUAAGCCUAAUGCAUUCGCUGCUGUUGAAGAGAACAUGAAUUCAGAGCGCAGUCAAUUGGUGCAUGAUAAACAUAAGCCUGCAUUGUCAUCACAGUUUUUUCAGCUUCUGUACUCCUGCUCAGAAACCAAGACCUUUGAGCCUUUGACAGAGUACCUUAAGAGUCUCUCUCCAUCAGCGCUGGACCUGGAGCUUCGUAUUCUGCAAAUCACGGAUGAAGAUCUAGAAAAUAAUGACCACACAGAAGAAAUUCAUUCAAUUGAUUUGAUUCUGGACUACUUUACCCAUGAGCUGUCCCGCAGCAACAACUUUGAGUUCAUCCAGGCUAUGAUCAGGCUAUUUUUGAUGAUACAUGGUGAAACUGUCAGAUGCCAGCCGACCCUAUUGGACAAGGCAGGGAAGCUUCUUGAGGUUCAAAACUCAAUUUGGCAAAGAUUAGAUAGGAUGUUUCAGGGUGCAAGAUGCAUGGUGACCUUCCUCAGCAACUCCCAGCUUUAACACUUGGGGCCAAACCCUUUCUGCAGCAAUGCCCAGCUUUGACUCUAAGGUGCCAAAACUCUUUCGUUAGUAACUCCCUGUUUUAGCUCUCCGGUGCCAAAACUCUCGGAUACAAGUUCACCUCUGUUGGUUCUGUUCCCUUUGUUACGGGCAAGUUUCAAGGACGUGGAGAGGAACUCUUUGGCAGUGAAACCACUCCUUGAGCGUGUGUAUGAUGAGUCAAAUUUCCGUAAUUUGGCCACAUGGUCAGUCGCUUUUUUGUAAUUUAGCCAUUAAUUUUUCAUUUCUUGUUAUAUAUGCUGCUCUGUGAUGUAGAGCAGAUAAAUUUUGUAUACUUCCAUUUGGGCAUGUUAUUUAUUGAAAUUUUGUAAACUUUAAUUGAACGGCAUUUGUGAAAGAAGCAUUAGCUAUA